AUGUCAGAAUACAAUCUUUCUCUUCAAAACAAAGUAGCAAUCGUUACAGGAGCUUCACGAGGAAUUGGAGCAGCAAUAGCUGAAACUUUGGCACGCCGUGGUGCUAAAGUAGCCAUUACCUUUACCUCUGACAGCAGCAUUGAUGCGGCAGAACUAUUGGUGAAAAAAAUUAAGGGUUUUGGCACCUCAGCAGAUGCAAUCAAAAUUCAGGCAGAUUUACGUGAUGUUUCAAGUGCUAAACAUAUUGUUGAUACCACAGUACAAGCUUUUGGUUCCACCAUCCAUAUCCUUGUCAACAAUGCGGGAUGCGCAGGUCAACCAAAACCUAUAGGAACAAUCACCAUAGAAGAUUAUUCGAGUAUUUUUGAUGUAAAUGUUCGUGGCGUCUUUUUCAUGACAGAAGCAAUUGUGCCAUAUCUUCCCAAAAAUGGAGGAAGAAUCAUUAAUAUCGGAAGCUUAGGUGGAAGGAUGGGAUUUCCUCAAAAUUCUGUAUACUGUGCAAGCAAAGCAGCAAUCGAAGGUUUUACAAGAUGUUGGGCCGCCGAAUUAGGCCCUCAAGGCCAUACCGUAAAUCAAGUUAAUCCAGGAGCUGUUGAAACAGAUAUGUUUAAGGGAGUUCCAGAUGAAAUAAUUCAGUUUGCAAAAAAAAUGACUCCAUUUGAAAAUCGCAUUGGAUUACCUUCUGACAUUGCUGAGGUUGCUGCUUUUGUUGCUGAAGAUAGAAGUCGAUGGAUCACUGGGCAGGUAAUUUCAGCUUCUGGUGGAUGGGCCAUGUAUUAGAUGGUU